AUGUCUGCUAAGGCAAUAAGAGAAUAUGACGGGAAACUCCUCUUGGCCUACUGGUUACUUCGUUCCUCCCUAUCUUCCGAAGUUAGUACAGAAAAGGUUGCUCGAUUUUCACCACCAAUUUUAAAAGUUGCCCAAGUUAUUUUUGAUACCUCCAUUCUAGCCAACGUUACCAAUAAUUGUUCCCAAAUUGAAUUUAAUAAUCAUGUUAACCAAACUCUAAAUGUCUUAGAGAGUAUAAAUCCUUGGUUAUUGACUGAUAAGUUAGUCGUUAAACCAGAUCAGCUCAUAAAAAGACGUGGAAAAUCAGGAUUAUUAUUAUUGAAUGCUGAUUGGCAACAGGUUAAAGAAUGGAUUAUUGAAAGAGCUGGCAAAGAAAUAAAGGUAGACAACGUGAACGGAGUGUUAAAAUCUUUUCUAGUUGAACCAUUUAUUCCUCACCCUUCACAUACUGAAUAUUAUAUAAAUAUUAAUUCCGUACGUGACGGGGAUUAUAUUUUGUUUACUCAUGAAGGUGGUAUCGAAGUUGGUGAUGUUGACGCAAAAGCAUUGAAGCUAUUGGUUCCUGUUGAUCAAGAUUAUCCUUCAUCUCAAGAAAUCAAGGAAAAAUUGCUCGUUAAUGUUCCUGAGGCCAAAAAAGAUGCAUUGAUCCACUUUAUUUCCCGUCUAUAUGCUGUAUUUGUAGAUUUACACUUCACGUAUCUUGAAAUCAAUCCAUUGGUUGUAUUAGAUACUGUAUCUGACGAUGAAACCCCAGUAAUAUAUUAUUUGGACUUGGCAGCGAAAUUAGAUCAAACUGCAGAAUUUGAAGCUGGUCCAAAAUGGGCAAUUGCUCGAGCUUCACAAAAUACUGGAAUUUUUGUUGGUCACGAGACAACAACAAAAACUCAUGCGGAUCAAGGUCCACCCAUGGAAUUUCCUGCACCUUUUGGUCGAGAGUUGACUAAGGAGGAAGCAAACAUACAAGAGUUGGACGCAAAAACAGGAGCUUCUUUGAAAUUGACAGUUCUAAACAAAGAUGGAAGAAUAUGGACCAUGGUUGCUGGUGGUGGUGCUUCAGUAGUCUACAGCGAUGCAAUUGCCGCAUUAGGAUUCGCACAUGAGCUCGCUAAUUAUGGUGAAUAUUCGGGUGCUCCAACUGAGACUCAAACUUAUGAAUAUGCGAAGACAAUACUUGAUUUAAUGACUCGUAAUCCUAUACCACAUCCGGAAGGGAAAGUACUUAUUAUCGGAGGUGGAAUUGCAAAUUUCACAAAUGUAGCUGUUACCUUUAAAGGUCUAAUACGUGCGUUACAUGAAUUCAAACAACUGCUAAUCUCACAUAAAGUAAAAAUAUUCGUACGUCGUGGUGGUCCUAAUUAUCAAGAGGGGUUAAAGGCUAUGAGACAGUUGGGUGAUGACAUUGGUGUUGAAAUUCAAGUCUUUGGUCCAGAGACUCAUAUUACUGAGAUCGUACCUUUAGCAUUGUUAGGAAAAGGAUCAGGACUUGAUAAUAAUGCCUCCUCUCAAGAUAGUAGAUCCGUCAACUCUUUCCAAGAUCAAAUUCUUGGUACAAAUUCUGUCACUGGUAAAAAGCCUGCUAUAAUUGAAAAUAAUUAUCAAGAUGAGGAAACAAAAGAAUCUUAUUCCAGACCAGUAACUCCAAUUGCUAAUCCACGUGAAAGGAUGACAUAUUUUGAAAAUCUAAAGACUCAUGAACGUCCAUGGUAUACUGCAUUCACUAGUGAAACACGUGCUUUUGUGUUCGGGAUGCAACCUCGUGCAAUACAAGGGAUGUUAGAUUUUGAUUAUAUUUGCAAGCGUAAAGUCCCCUCUGUUGCCGCGAUGAUUUAUCCUUUUGGGGGUAAUCAUGUACAGAAGUUUUAUUGGGGAACCAAAGAAACCUUACUUCAUGUUUUUAACAACUUUGAAGAUGCAAUCUCAAAGUUUCAGGAAGUUGAUACAGUUGUAAACUUUGCUUCCUCUCGUUCCGUUUAUGAUUCAACUUUAGAAUUCAUGAAGUACAAGCAAAUCAAAACAAUUAGUAUUAUAGCAGAAGGUGUUCCCGAACGUUAUGCCCGGAAAAUUCUUCAUGAAGCUAAAAAGCGAGAAGUUUUGAUUAUUGGACCUGCUACUGUUGGAGGUAUAAAACCAGGCUGUUUCAAAAUUGGUAAUACGGGUGGUAUGAUGGACAAUAUAAUUUCAUCAAAAUUGUAUCGACCUGGUUCAGUAUCUUAUGUCUCUAAAUCUGGUGGUAUGUCCAACGAAUUGAACAACAUCAUAUCUAGAAAAACUGAUGGUGUCUAUGAAGGAAUAGCCAUUGGUGGAGAUCGAUAUCCCGGUUCAACAUUCAUUGAUCAUUUGUUACGUUUCGAAAAUGAUCUUAAUUGUAAAGUAUUGGUAUUACUUGGUGAAGUUGGUGGGAUUGAAGAAUAUCAAGUCUGUAAUGCUCUUCGUGAUGGACGUAUAAAAAAACCUUUGAUCGCUUGGUGCAUUGGAACUUGUGCAAAAAUGUUUGCAACUGAAGUACAAUUUGGUCAUGCGGGGGCAUUGGCUCAAUCUGACUUAGAAACCGCUGACGCAAAAAAUAAAGCACUAAAAGACGCGGGGGCUAUUGUUCCCGAAACAUUUGAAAAAUUACCUUUGGCAUUACAUGAGACCUACCAAAAACUUGUUUCGGAAAGGAUAAUCGUUCCAACUUCAGAACCCGAGAUUCCAAAAGUGCCUAUAGAUUAUUCUUGGGCACAAGAACUUGGUUUAGUUCGUAAACCUGCAAGUUUUGUUUCAACUAUAUGUGAUGACCGUGGGCAAGAAUUGAUGUACGCAGGAAUGAGAAUAUCAGAUGUAUUUAAAGAAAGUAUUGGAAUUGGUGGAGUCUUGAGUUUACUUUGGUUUAAAAGACGUCUUCCAGAAUAUGCAUGUAAAUUUAUUGAAAUGAUUCUUAUGUUGACCGCUGAUCAUGGUCCUGCGGUUUCCGGUGCCCAUAACACAAUUGUUACUGCUCGUGCAGGAAAAGAUCUUAUAUCAAGUUUAUGUUCGGGUUUAUUGACAAUAGGUGAUCGGUUCGGAGGCGCUCUUGAUGGUGCAGCUGAACAAUUCACUAGUGCAUAUGAUAAAAGUUUAACACCUAGAGAAUUUGUGAAUUCCAUGCGGAGACAAAAUAAGCUUAUCCUUGGUAUUGGGCAUAAGAUUAAAUCGCGUAACAAUCCUGAUUUUCGCGUUGAAAUAAUUAAAAACUUUGCUAUAACCAAUUUUCCUUCCACAAAAUUACUUGAUUAUGCGCUAGCGGUAGAAGAAAUAACUACUGCUAAAAAGGAUUCACUAAUUCUUAAUUUAGAUGGAGCGAUCGCUGUUUGUUUUGUUGAUUUAUUACGUGAAUCAGGUGCAUUCACCAGAGAGGAAGCUGAAGAAUAUAUCAAGAUUGGUGCAUUGAAUGGAUUGUUUGUACUUGGUAGAAGUAUAGGUUUCACUGGUCAUUAUUUAGACCAAAAACGAUUGAAACAAGGUCUUUAUAGACAUCCUUGGGAUGAUAUUUCUUAUUUAGUGCCGGGAGUAGAGACAGGUCGUACAUUUGUUAAUCCGGAUGAAGUAGAGAAAAAAAGUGCAUAA